AGAUCACGACCAUUUACUCAGUCUUUGCACCUAAUCCGUCAUGAAAACCGGGGUUUUGCUACAAUACAAAUAGAACAGUAAGAAAGAAUUAAAAGUAACAUCAAGAGUUUUUAUUUUAAAGCGUGGAAGUAAACAAAGUACGGCUAUCAUCGACCAAAAGACGCUACGAUGUCUGGAAAAGACAGGAUCGACAUAUUCCCCUCCAGAAUGGCUCAGACCAUCAUGAAGGCUCGGAUGAAAGGAGCGCAGACUGGCCGUAACCUGCUGAAGAAGAAAUCUGACGCCCUCUCUAUGCGCUUUCGUCAGAUCCUUCGCAAAAUAAUUGAAACUAAGACCAAAAUGGGUGAGGUGAUGCGAGAGGCGGCUUUUUCUUUGGCUGAAGCCAAAUUUGCAGCUGGAGACUUCAGCACAACUAUAAUCCAAAAUGUCAACAAAGCCCAGGUGAAGGUCAGAGCCAAGAAAGACAAUGUGGCAGGCGUCACCCUUCCAGUUUUCGAACACUACCAAGAAGGCGGAGACAGUUAUGAGCUCACUGGUCUGGCCCGAGGAGGAGAGCAGCUCUCCAGGUUGAAGAGGAACUAUGCCAGAGCUGUUGAACUGCUCGUGGAGUUGGCCUCCUUACAGACAUCUUUUGUCACUCUGGAUGAAGCCAUAAAGAUCACCAACCGCCGUGUGAAUGCUAUUGAGCAUGUGAUUAUUCCCAGGAUCGAUCGUACUCUCACCUACAUCAUCACAGAGCUGGAUGAGAGAGAACGAGAGGAAUUCUACAGGCUGAAGAAGAUCCAAGAAAAGAAGAAGCAGCUCAGGGAAAGGACCGAGCUUGAGAUUGCCGCACGGCUGGCUGCCCUUGGCCCCAUCGCGGAGCCCACCAACAUGCUGACAGAGGAGGCAGAUGAAGACCUGCUGUUUGAGUGAAGCGCUGCCACUCUGUGACUUCACUCCUCAUCCUAUUUAUUCUGUGCCUCUCAGGCCAUGUUGAUGUCCUCUUAUACAAGUGAUGAAAGUUGGUUUAUGUGUGUGUCCACGUCUGUGAUUAUUUCUUCUGUUGUUUCAGUGCUGGAAACUAUAACUGUUUCCAUAUGCGUUACUGUACGGGAACUAAAGUGUUCUUGCACUUCGGGGGUUACCCACAAAGAAGACAAAGAGGAUAAAAAUUAAGUAAUUAUCUCAAAGAAUAUAAGUAUGUUUACACGUGGUUUGCAAACAAAAUGAAAGCCUUCCGUGUGACGGAUCCACCUGUACAUAUUUUAGUUUUAUCACAACAGUUAGAGCCAAUGCAUGUUGUAAAGCUCAACAUAGUUGUAGAUUUAAAGAGUGUGUGAGUGUUGUGGAGGCCCGUCCCACUACUAACUUCUGUCAUGGGGUUACGUUUAACACGUCAACAGAAUCCCCCCCCUAAUGUGACCCUGUUAAAUGCAAAGCCCAACACUUCAUCUGAAUAAAGAUGCUCUAAGCAUCCAAA